GCGAGCCCCACCCCGCACGGCGAGCUGCCUGGCAACAUGAGAGAGAGAGCAGGAAGAUCCGCAGCUGCCAAGUGAACAACCUGCACACUGUGGACACUAAAACCACCAGAAACAACCCUCAGCCCGACCAUGGAGGAUGCAGAGAAAGGUUCCCAGCAGCUUCCGGACUCAGUCCCAGAGGUGGGAGAAGAUGCAGUAACGUCUGUUGCUCCCUCUCCCCCUCCCCCCGCCAUGACAGAAGAGGAGAGACAGGAGCUACAAGAGGAGUUGGUCAAGGUGGAGGAUGAGAUCCUGACUCUGUCUCAGGUGCUGGCAGCCAAGGAGAAGCAGUUGGCGGACAUCAAGAGGAAGCUGGGCAUCACACCUCUCAAUGAGCUGAAACAGAACAUCACCAAAACCUGGCAGGAUGUCACCACCUCCAACGCCUAUAGGAGGACAUCUGAAACACUGUCUCAGGCGAGUUUGAAGGCCUCGGCAGCGUUCUCUAAUGUGGGCUCAGCCAUCACCCGGAAGCUCGAGGAUGUCAGGAAUGCGCCAACUUUCAAGUCAUUUGAGGAGAAAGUGGAGACUUUUAAGACCAAGAUUAGUCCCUCAGCGUCCACCAGUAACCAGGACAGCGGCAGCUCCACCACCGAGUCUUUGCUCAGUCCGCCUGAAGCCUCGCACCCAGGAGACGCCAAUGAACUGAGACCUGCCUGACCACUCCUGACCUCUCCACCCGCCCCUCCUCACUUGACCCUCCAACCCCUGGACCAUCAGUACUCGCCCCCUAAACUCUUGUGUGCCAGUCUCCCUUUAUUGGAAACAAGUGACUUACCACAGCCAUCCUUGUGAUCUAAUUGUCUGGUCUUUUUUGUCUGACACGUGCGUUCACUUGUUAACUGGUGUGGAAACUGAAAGCAUGGGAUGGGUGCAGGCAUGUGGUCUUGCGUCAGUAGUGUAUAUUUGAGUGUAUACCGGCUCGCUGUGGGAGAAAUCCUCCCUGCUGUAUGACUUUCCUUUUCCUCCUGCACUCCUUAUUUAUCCGCCUUUGUCUAACCAGCAAAGCUCAGAUGCCAAACAUGCUCAUAGUUUACUUUUGCUUUAUCAAAUUAACAGUGUCAUAUUUUGUUUGUUUGAGUGUAGAAAAUUGCACAAAUAUAUAGAGAUUACGAACUUAAUCAGAGAAGGAUUUAUACUUAGAAACUUACAUAAUAAUAAUAAUAAUAUUAUAAGCACUUGUUUUUUCUGCCUCCAUUUUGGGGCCAUGCUUGGUUUACAGUGGGUUGCCAUUUUCGGGCCAAUCUAAUUUCCGUUUUCUUCCUUAUUAAUUUUAGGACACCACACAAUCGUAAAGUAGUCUAACACUGUGUUCAGAAUAUGAAUGUAUGCCUUUUUGUGUCACAUAGGUACGACACUCUGUGUACUUUAACCCACAAUGCUGUGUGUCACAACCGCAGCCACCGGCUCCAUCGCUGGUAUUUCAAAAACACACUUCAGAAUAAAAACCAUCCUUUUUUC